AUGGUGUACCUGGUGCAUUCCUCCCACCUGCAGCUUGUGAGCCUGUGGGUGGGGGUUCUGGGGUGGACCCUGACGGGCGUGGCCAUGGGGCUGAUCCAGUGGAGGGUGUGGCAGGUGGCGGACACGUCUGUGGUCACCUCGGGCGUGGUGUGGGUGGGGAUAUGGAGGACCUGCUUCCUCAGCAGCGUGCUGGCGGCCGGUGAGAGGGACGGCAUGUUCUGCCAGGCGGUGGGCUUCCUGGACCGCUUCGCCCCGCCGGAGAUCCCCGCGGCCCAGGCUCUGAUGGUGGCGGCCCUGGUGGUGGGCAUCGGCGGGAACGGCAGCGCCGUGUUCGCCCUGCGGUGCGUGUACUUCGGCCUGCCGGAGCGGCCUGUCCGCGUGGCCUUCGCCGCGGCGGGGGGCCUCCAGCUCCUGGCCGGGGCCUGCUCUCUCGUGCCCCUCUCCUGGAACCUCAACUCCAUCGCGGCCAACCGCACCAUCAGCUUCCCGCCCGGCUUCCACGUGCCCCCCGCACCCCUCACGCAGCACGCCGGGGCGGGGAUCGGCGUGGGGAUGACGGGGGCGCUCCUGGUGCUGUUCAGCGGCCUGGCCUUCCUGUCCUACCGCUUCCCCGUCGCCGUCAGCCCCAAAACGGACCGGGGCAACUUCGACGCCUCCAGCCUCGGCAUGUCCAUGUCCCUGCAGUCCGUGUCAGCAGGCGAUGGGAGCUCUUACCAGGGCAGGGACAACCCAGCCUUCCAGUCACAGGACAGAUUAUGA